AUGAUACGAACAAAAGCUCUAAUGUCACUGCUUUCACAGUCCCUUGACGCUUCUAUUACGUCCUGCAUUCUAUUAACAUCAUCUGGUCAAUUAUUGUCUCAAGCAUCUUUGUCUCAGAAAAAUGCCCGUAUUUAUGCCGCACUUGCUGCACAGGUAUGGUCUGGAUAUGAGAAAAUAGGAGAAGAUGGUCAUAUUGGAUCUCUGACUAAUGCAAAUAAAAAAACUUUUGGUUGUAAUUGGCUUGGUAUUGAAUGUUUAAAUGGGAAUCUUAUGAUUCUUUGUAUUCGUCUUCCACAGCCUAAAGAGUCUAUGCCUGUUUCUGUUUUGUCUGAACCAUUAUUAUUAUGUUUAGUGGGAGAUGAAAAUUCAAAACUUGGUUUUAUGCAUAUGAAGGCAGAAUCAAUUAAAAAUCAUCUUCUGAAAGAACUGGAAGGAGUAAAGGAUCUUUAA